AAUGCAUCACCCUGCAGCCACAGACAUAUUUUAACGUGUUUAUUCCUCUACAACGGCCUGAGGGGGGUUUGUCUGUGACGUCUUAUUUGGUGGGAGACGCACAAAUUUGAACUGCGUAUGAAAAUUAGAGUCCAGAACACGGGGAACAGGGCGCAGCCAUGACAGAGAAAAGUUUUGGUGUGUGGAAAACCCUGCUGUUGGGAAUGUGUGUGCUGCUGCUACUGGGCAGUGCAGGUUGGAUUUUCUUGCUGGUUCAACACAGAGAGCUGGUAAAGGAGCUGGCCAGGCUGCAGUCCCAGGUGCAGGAACUGUCUCAGAGCUGCAGGCUGCAAGCAAGAAAGCAUCAGGAUGAAACUGGAGAAGUGGGAGAACUGAAGAAGCUCCACCGCAGCAGGAGGGACCAGGUGGACGAAGUGAUCCAAAAACAAGACCAGGAUAUGCUGAUGCUGAUGACAUACUCCAUGAUUCCAACAAAAGCCCUUGUGGAUCUGUGCAACGACUCCAGAGGACUUUGUAUAACAGGUCCAGCUGGACCUCCAGGAAGACGUGGCCCACCUGGACCGAGGGGUGAAGUUGGCCCAAUGGGCAGAAGAGGGAAGAAAGGCCCUCCCGGUCCCCCUGGUAAACCCUGUAGCACCUGUUGUUUCCCUGAAGUUAGAAACCAGACCAGCAGAGAUAGAAUUCAUCAGUCCAACUUCUCCAAAGGAACACCAACACCACCAGCUGACAACUCCAGAUAUGCUUUAAACUUUACUGAUGUUAACAAACUUCUGGACACAGAUACAACACCUGAGCCUCUGUCUUUGCAUCCAAACUCCAGCCAUGUCUCAUUGAAUGAAACUAAUGUGGAAAAUUUCACUGAAGCUCCUAAUGGAUAUUUUCUAUCUUAUUCUCCCACAGUGCAACCUACUGUGGACUUAAGGGACAGCAGUGAUGCCUUUGGAAAUGUAACAGACAGCAUUUCAGCCACAGAGUUGGUUUCUCCUCAUCCAUACAUCAAACGUAAAAGCUGGAGUGAAAGCGGUUCAGAAAAUGGAACAGAAACAUCACCUUUGAUGUUAACAGCACAAAAUCUAACUCAGGAUGGAGAGGAAAUCCUCAACAUGACUGACUUUGAGAAAUUUCACUCAGAUUUUGAUCAUGACAAACAUGAGACUCAGCCAACUUUCACUGAUUCUGAGAAUAAUACAGACUCAAACCUCGAAUCUGGGAAAGAGUCAUUUUACCAAAAUGACUCCUUACAUGACUCAUACACAAAUGUGACACAAGGGCCAUUUCAUUUACUGCAUUUAGACUCAAAGGAUUCAAACCAAAGCAGAGACACUAUAAAUGAUAGUGGAGCUGCUAAUAAAACAAGCAUGGAAGGAGAGUGGUCUGCAUUACUUUUAGCUGAGAACACCACAGAUGAUCUCAAUGUGACUGAGUUUAACAAUCUUUUGACUGCAAUCACAAAACUUGAGGAAGUGAUAUUUUACCAAGGAGAAAACCAUGAGUCCUUGAAUGUUUCUGGUAAAGAAAAUUCCACAAAGGCUCCAGUAAAAAUGCUUAAAGAGUCCCUUGAUGAAGACCAAAGGACUGACCUUUUUCAUGACAGCAGAAAUUUUAAUCCAACAAUGAUAUAUGAAACCACAACAGUUCCGGAAAACUUCAGGGAGGAUUUCAAUGAUUCUUACUUCAAUGAACAGACAAACAGACAAGUGGAAACUGUAUCGUUUCAAGACAGCAGGCAUGAGAUCUUCAAUGAGAUCUUCAAUGAGAUCUUCAAUGAGACCUUCAAUGAGACCUUCAAUGACAUCAAAAGAAAGAGUUCAACAGAUUCACCAACAACUUUGCUAACAAGUGUGGAUCAAAGGAAAGAUGCGUUAAAUGACAGCGGAGACAUUGAAGACAAACCAACAAAAAAGAACUUCUCACAGCAUCUCUUGACUAACAAUAACAAAAAUGGAGCAACCAAACUGCCAAAAACAGAAUGUAAAAUUAGAAGCAUCAAAUGUUCAGAGAGGUCCAUCUCAGUGGAAAGCACAUUUGGAGCAUGGAUGUUUGAUGCUUCACGGCAGGAUAACGGGCGAUUGUGGGUGGCCCAUCAUUUUUCAGGUCAGAAAUUACUGGAGUUCAGAAACGUUUCCUCAUUUCAUGAUGCAGACAACAAAACUGUUAAAGUUUGGAAGUUCUACCAAGGGUGUGGACACGUUAUUUAUGAGGGUGCAUUUUAUUAUCAAAUUGGAGGAACAAAUACACUUGUAAAGUUUGAUUUAAAGACAAACAGAACAACCUCUCUGACCAUCAAACAAAGCAAAUAUAAAAGCCUAACUUACCUCUUCAAAAACUCAAAGACGUAUUUCAAGUUUGCUGUGGAUGAAAAUGGACUGUGGGUCAUUUUUGCAUCCAAUGCAGAGGACAACAUAAUGGUGUCAAAGCUCAGCUCGGACACAUUCUUGGUGGAGCGCACCAUUAACACUUCAUACCCUACAGCCAAAGCAGGGAAUGCUUUCAUCGUUUGUGGGGUUCUGUAUUUUACAGAUGACAAUGACAAACAAGUGACUUAUGCUUUUGAUCUGAAGACAGAGGUUCCACUGAAUGUAAAAAUUGACUUAAGGCCAGGCCAUGGCACCUUGGCGAUGGUGUCCUACUAUCCCACCAAAAGAUUUUUGUAUUUGUGGGACAACAAAGGUAUAACAACCUGUCGAGUUAAAGUCAAACAGAACUAAACAAAAUAUUGACUGAAGAACCAUAAAAAUUUUUCCAGAUUAUUGUGGGAUUUAGUUAAUGAUCAACUUUGUAAAAAAAUAAAAAAACAGUGGAGAAAAUUGUAAGUUCCCCUUUGGGCUUUUUUUUUUUGACACAUCUGACCCCAAAUUAUUGAACAUUGUUUAUAAGUGAACCUUAUCAAUACCAGAACAUUAUAUAAUUUGCAAACCAUGACCUGAUCUAUACUAUUGAUAGGUAAAUACAUGUCUUCACAGCGUGGCUCAAUCUCCAAAGGUGUGCUUUUGGUGUCAAAAAUGGGAUAUUUAUGUAAAGAUUUGCAAUGUAACAUUUUUAUUGUGAACAUGUAAACUUUGGGUACACGAUGUAAGAAAACAAAAACAUUAAAAAAAUUGAUUAAUUUUU